CCUUAUAAAUAAUUGUUUAUGCUAAAGGAAAAAGGCACACAACAAUAAAACCAAGAAUCCAUUGUCGGGUACCAAUAGCUCUGCUAUAGUUCUAUUGCUAUGUCUCAUCCAAAGUACAAUGUGUUCCUCAGCUUUAGAGGAGAGGACACUCGUGACAACUUUACGAGUCAUCUUCGUGCAGAAUUGUGUAGGCAAAGGAUUGAAACAUUCAUAGAUGAUGAUAAACUUGACAGAGGCGAAGAGAUUUCACCAGCACUGUGCAAAGCAAUAGAAGCAUCAGCGAUUUAUGUGGUUAUUUUGUCGGAACACUAUGCUUCUUCCACUUGGUGCUUAGAUGAACUCACAAAGAUACUAGAAUGUAAGGAGAGAUAUGGAAGGGAAGUGAUACCUGUCUUCUACAAAGUGGAUCCGUCAAAUGUUAGGCAUCAGAGACAGAGUUAUGCAGACGAUUUAUUUAAACAUCAACGACGAUUUGGAGACAAAGUGGACCCAUGGAAGGCUGCUCUAACCCAAGUAGCUAAUCUCUCUGGCUUGGAUUCUCAGAAAAUCAGGCCAGAUAGUAAACUUGUUGAAGAGAUUGUGAAAGAUAUUCUGAAAAAAUUGAAUAGUUGUAUCUCAAAUGAUCAUGAAGGAAAUAUUGGAAUUGACAAGCAUAUUGAACAAAUCCAAACCUUGUUGCACCUCGAGUCAUCGACAGUUCGUACUAUAGGAAUAUGGGGUAUGGGAGGGAUAGGAAAAACUGAAAUUGCCUGUGCAAUCUAUGAAAAACUUGCAACUCAUUUUAGUUCCAGUGGCAUAGUUAAAAAUGUUCAACAGGAAAUAAAGAUAUAUGGAGUAGACCAUGUAAAAAGCAAAUACUUAUCACACCUUCUAGUUCAACAAGGCAUUACUUCCUCUGGACUCAACUUUUUAUUUGAUCCUAGGCUCAAACGUACAAAGGUUCUUCUUGUUUUUGAUGAUGUGAAAGAUUCUGAUCAAUUUAUUGAUUUGAUUGGAACAUGUAGUAAUUUUGGCCACGGGAGUAGAAUCAUCGUGACAAGUAGAGACAAACAAGUGCUUAAGAAUGCUAAUGUUGAUGAAAUGUAUCAUGUAGUUCAGAUGGAUGAUAAAGAUUCUCUACAACUAUUUUGUUUAAAUGCAUUUAAACAAAGAGAACCAAUAGAAGCUUAUGCGAGUUUAACAGAAAAGGUAUUAAAUUAUGCUAAAGGAGUUCCAUUAGCUCUUAAAGUUUUGGGCUUAUUUCUCCAGGGUAGAACAAAGGAAGCAUGGGAAAGUGAGUUGCAAAAGCUCAAAAAGAUUCCCAAUCCUAAAAUUUUCAGUAUUUUGAAGUUGAGUUUUGAUGGACUUGAUGACGAACAAAAAGAAAUAUUUCUUGAUAUAGCUUGUUUCUACAGAGGAGAAACCGAGAAACUUAUUGUUCAAACAUUGGAUUGUUAUGGUUUUUCUACUCGUAUUGGAAUGGAUGUUCUUCAAGAUAGGUGUCUUAUAUCUAUUUUAGAAGAUAAAGUUUGGAUGCAUGAUCGAAUUCAAGAAAUGGGACAUGAAAUUAUUCGACAACAAAGUGUCAAUAAUCCGGAAAAACGUAAUCGAUUGCACAAACCUGAUGAUAUAUAUGAUGUUUUAAAAAAGAACAAGGGAACAGAUGCAAUCCAGGGUAUAUUAUUGAACCUAGGCGAAAUAAAGAAAGUUAAAUUACAUUCUGAAACUUUUAAGAAUAUGCUUAAUCUCAGAAUGAUCCGGUUCUAUGAUCCUUAUAGGUUUAAAAGUUACUUAAAUGUGACUUUUUAUACAUUCUUGAAUGGUUUUUCGGAUAAUUUGAAAUUUCUUAGUUGGGAUGGUUUCCCUCAAAGAUCUCUGCCGCAAGACUUUUGCCCAGAUAAUCUUGUUGCACUUGAUAUGCCUUAUAGUGAUCUUGAACAACUUUGGAAGAAAGAUAAGACUUUACCAAAUUUGAAGAGACUUAACCUUAGCUGUUCUCAGAAGAUGAUUGGAAUACCAGACCUGUCUUUGUUUCCAAAUAUUGAAGAAAUAAUUCUCAGUGGUUGUGUAAGUUUGGAACAAGUUUACUCCUCUAGCAUCCUCCACAAACUUAACUGGUUAUAUGCAGAUGGUUGUACAUCACUCAAGAGUUUAAGUAUUCCUAGCAAUAUUCUAUCAAGAUCAACUGGAUCAGUUCAUCUGUAUGGCUGUCACAACCUUGAAACAAUUUUAGUCACCAGUACAACUGAUGUUGUUCAAUCAUACAGUUGUUUUAAUUCCUAUGAGUCAAAUUUUGAGGGAGGCGACUGGAUUGGGGAUGUGGAUAUAGAUUCCGAUAUGUUUCCAAGUAUCAGUAGGUUAGAUCUUUCGGAAUGUGAGUCCCUAACAUGCCUACCAGCUGAACUUAUAAAUUUGAAGUUUCUGACAAGACUUUGUCUCGGUGGUUGUUUAAAGUUGGAAGAGUUACCUGAAAUCGAGGAGAUUAUGGAAAAUCUAAAAGUGCUCAACUUAGAAAAAAUAGCAAUACAGGAACUACCUUCAACGCUACACCGUUUGGUUGGGCUUGAAGAAUUGAGUUUGCGAGAAAUCCCAAGUGACAUUGGUCGUAUGUCAUUCUUGACUAAAAUUUCACUUCAAGGAGGCAGAAUUGUGAAUCUUCCUGAGAGUAUUGUUCAUCUCUCAAGUUUGAAAUCACUUAAUUUAAGUGAUUGCAAAAGCCUUGAAUGUAUUCCAAAGCUUCCACCAUGUCUAAAUGAGUUGUUGGCAUUAAAUUGCACAUCCAUUAAGAAAGUGGUGCCAAAUUCAUGGUUGAAACUCAUGUCAGAUUACAAUGACGAAAUAGAUGAUUUCUACGAAUUCCGUCUCACCAACAGUGAAGAGUUAGACGCAUCUUCUUGGAGUUAUAUCGUAAACAAAGCAUGGAUUAAGAUCGCUGAUGAUGGAUAUCGGUCAGCGCUCUUCUGCUUUCCAGGGAGUAGAGUUCCGGAUUGGUUCCUUCACCGAGGCCAGGGACAUUCAAUAACUGUGAAAAAUAAUGAUGGAUAUGUGUGCAGUGAAAAUGGGCUCAUUGGUUUCGCUCUCUGUGUUGUUUUUGGAGGUGAUGACACAAGAACAAGAGGCAGUAGAAUUACAUACAAAUUAAGCCUUUUAUAUGAUGAUAAGUCAUUCGUUUUUUAUGACGAUUUGAAUUGGAAGCCAGAAGAUAGUUGUAUCAUCCGAGAUCACACAUUCUUAUGGAAAUAUCAAUUAGACCGAGCAAGCGUUGGCAACAACCUCAUUCAUGCCCAAAACUUCACUUUUGAGAUCAUAGGUGAUUAUUUUAGGCGCUCAGAUUGUCAAUUAAACAUAAUGGUGAACGAGUGUGGAAUUCAUCCUCUUUCUAUUGCUAUGUCUCAUCCAAAGUACGAUGUGUUCCUCAGCUUUAGAGGAGAGGACACUCGUGACAACUUCACCAGUCAUCUUCAUGCAGAAUUGUGUAGGCAAAGGAUUGAAACAUUCAUUGAUAAUAGACUUGUCAGGGGCGAAGAAAUUUCUCCAGCACUGUGCAAAGCAAUAGAAGAAUCAGCUAUUUAUGUGGUUAUUUUGUCAAAACACUAUGCUUCUUCUACGUGGUGCUUAGAUGAACUCACAAAGAUACUCGAAUGUAAGGAGAGAUAUGGAAGGGAAGUGAUACCUGUCUUCUAUAGGGUGGAUCCGUCAAAUGUUAGGCAUCAGAAAAAGAGUUAUGCUGACGAUUUUGUUAAACAUCUGCCAUUAGGCGACAAAGUGGACGCAUGGAAGGCUGCUCUAACCCAAGUAGCUAAACUCUCUGGCUGGGAUUCACAGAAAAUCAGGCCAGAUAGCACACUUGUUGAAGAGAUUGUGAAAGAUAUUCUGAAAAAGUUGAGUCCUUGUGGCUUAUAUAAUCAUGAAGGAAAGAUUGGAAUUGACAAGCAUAUUGAACAAAUCCAAAACUUGUUGCACCUCGAGUCAUCGGCUGUCCAUAUUAUAGGAAUAUGGGGUAUGGGAGGGAUAGGAAAAACUGAAAUUGCCGGUGCAAUUUAUGAAAAACUCGCAACUCAUUUUAAUUCUAGAGGCAUAGUAAAAAACGUUCAACAGGAAAUAGAAAAAUAUGGAGUAGACAAUGUUAAAAGCAAAUACUUAUCACACCUUCUUGAUAAACAAGACAUUACUUCCUCUAGAUUCAAACAGACAAAGGUUCUUCUUGUUUUUGAUGAUGUCAAAGAUUCUGAUCAAUUUAUUGAUUUAAUUGGGACAUGUAGUAAUUUUGUCCACGGGAGUAGAAUUAUUGUGACUAGUAGAGACAAACAAGUACUUAAGAAUGCCAAUGUUGAUGAAAUGUAUCACGUAGUUGAGAUGAACGAAAAAGAUUCUCUACAACUCUUCUGUUUAAAUGCCUUUAAACAAAAAGAACCAAUAGAAACUUAUGCGAGUUUAACAAAAAAGGUAUUAAAUUAUGCUAAAGGAGUUCCAUUAGCUCUUAAAGUUUUGGGCCUAUUUCUUCAGGGUAGAGCAAAGGAAGCAUGGGAAAGUGAGUUGCAAAAGCUUGAAAAGAAUCCCGAGCCUAAAAUUUUCAAUGUGUUGAAAUUGAGCUAUGAUGGACUUGACGACGAACAAAAAGAUAUAUUUCUUGAUAUAGCUUGUUUCUGUAGAGGAGAAACCGAGAAAUGUGUGGUUCAAACACUGGAUUGUUAUGGUUUUUCUACUCGUAUUGGAAUGGAUGUUCUUCAAGAUAGGUGUCUUAUAUCUAUUUUAGAAGGUAGAGUUUGGAUGCAUGAUCGAAUACAAGAAAUGGGACAUGAAGUUGUUCGACAGCAAAGUGUCAAUAAUCCGGAAAAACGUAGUCGAUUGCACAAACCUGAAGAUAUAUAUAAUGUUUUAAAAAAGAACAAGGGACAGGGAACAGAUGCAAUCCAGAGCAUAGCAUUGGACUUAAGCAAAAUAAACGAAGUUCAGUUACAUGCCAAAACUUUUAAGAAAAUGCAUAAUCUCAGAAUGAUUAAGUUCUAUAAUUCUUAUUGGUUUGAAAGUUACUCAAAUGUGACAUUUCAUACAUUUCUUAAUAGUUUUCCAGAUAAUCUAAAAUUUCUUGGUUGGGUUGGUUUCCCUCAAAGAUCUUUGCCGCAAGAUUUUUGCCCAAAUAAUCUUGUUGCACUUGAUAUGCAUUCAAGCGAUCUUGAACAACUAUGGAAGAGAGAUCAGACUUUACCAAAUUUGAAGAGACUUAACCUUAGCUGUUCUCAGAAGAUGAUUGGAGUACCAGACCUGUCUUUGUUUCCAAAUAUUGAAGAAAUAAUUCUCAGUGGCUGUGUAAGUUUGAAAAAAGUGUACUCCUCUAACUUCCUCCACAAACUUAACCGGUUAUGUGUAGAUGGAUGUACAUCACUCAAGAGUUUAAGUAUUCGUAGUAAUAUUCUAUCAAGAUCAACCGGAUUAGUUGCUCUGCAUGGUUGUCGCAACCUUGAAACAAUUCUAAUCACCGGAACAACGGAUGUGGUUCAAACAUACAGUAUUGUUAAUUCCUAUGAGUCAAAUUUUGAGGGAGGCGACUGGAUUGGGGAUAUGGAUUCAGAUAUGUUUUCAAGUAUCAGUGAGCUUUGUUUGUUAGAUCUUUCGGAAUGUGAGUCCCUAACAUGCCUACCAGCUGAACUUAUAAAUUUGAAGUUUCUAACAAGACUUUGUCUCAGUGAUUGUUUAAAGUUGGAAGAGUUACCUGAAAUCAAGGAGAUUAUAGAAAAUCUAAAAGUGCUCAACUUAGAAAAAACAGCAAUAAAGGAACUACCUUCAUCGCUACACCGUUUGGUCGGGCUUGAAGAAUUGAGUUUGCGAGGUUGCAAAAAGCUUAAGACUAUUCCAUCUUCCAUUGGAAAUCUCAGCAAACUUGUUAAGUUAGACAUUACCUACUGUAAAUCACUUGAAACUUUUCCAAGCAGCAUUUUCAAAUUGAAGUUGACAGAACUUGAUUUUUCGGGUUGCUCAAUGCUUAGGAUUUUUCCAGAAAUCCCAAGUGACAUUGGUCGUAUGUCAUUCUUGACUAAAAUUUCACUUCAAGGAAGCAGAAUUGUGAAUCUUCCUGAGAGUAUGGUUCAUCUCUCAAGUUUGAAAUCACUUAAUUUAAGUGAUUGCAAAAGCCUUGAAUGUAUUCCAAAGCUUCCACAGAAUCUAAUUCAGUUGUUGGCAUUUGAUUGCACAUCCAUUAAGAAAGUGGUGCGAAAUUCAUUGUUGGCACUCAUGUCUGAUUCCAAUGACAAAAUGGAUGGUUCCUACGAAUUUCUUCUCACCAACAGUGAAGAGUUAGAUGCAUUUUCUUGGAAUUAUAUAGUAAACAAAGCAUGUAUUAAGAUCACUGAUAAUGCAUAUCUGUCAGCGGUCUUUUGUUUUCCGGGGAGUAGAGUUCCAGAUUGGUUCCUUCACCGUUGCCACGGGCAUUCAAUAACUGUGAAAAAUAAUGAUGAAUAUGUGUGCAGUGAAAACAGGCUCAUUGGUUUUGCUCUGUGUGUUGUUUUAGGAGGUGAAGAUAUGGAUGACUCAAGAAGAGGUAGUAGCAUUACAUACAAAUUAAGCUUUAUAUCAGAUGGUAAGCCAUUCGUUUUUCAUGACGAUAUGAAUUGGAUGCUGGGAGAUAGAUUUAUCAUCCGAGAUCACACAUUCCUAUGGAAAUAUGAAUUAGACCGAGCAACCAUUUGCAACAAGCUCAUUCAUGCCCAAAGUUUCACUUUUGAGAUCCUAGGUGAUGAUUAUGUUAGGCCCUCAGAUUAUCAAUUAAACGUAAUUGUGAAAGAGUGUGCAAUAUGUCCUCUGUAUAUUCGAAAGAACCAAAUGUGAACAAUAUUUGAGUCGGAUGAGUAGUUGUUACAAACAUUUGGUAGACACAACUCUGAAACAUCAUUUUCAGCACUUCAAGGAGAACUCUAAACACCCCCUCGUCAAUCGUCAUAGAGAGAGAGACUGCUCAUUUGAAUUGAAUUUGUGAUUUUGUUGUAUUUGGGUAUGCAAUAGUUAGCUGUGGCAUGACAUUUAAUUUGAAGACCGUUUCGAUUUUCAAAUGUACAACAGAUUCAAUCUAUCAAAACUCUUUUUA